AUGGACGCAGACUUGAAAGAUGAACACAAGGAGUGGCAUCCUGAGCGAAAAAUUCAGGCGCAAGAAGACAAGAGCACAGUAACGGCAUCAAGGACGACUCAGAUCACUGCGAAAAGCCCAUCGCGCGACAUCAAGCAAGCGGUUGACGAGGAACUCGUUCAUCCUCCAGCCUAUGCGCCACCGUCACAUCCACCGCCCCAAAGAGCCACCAGCCGGAUAACGGCCAAGCGUCCCCAUACCAACCCGGUCAUUGAGGCUGGCAGAGUUCGUGCGAGAGAUGAGCAACAAAUGCAGAAUGCCCUACAAAAGCUCCAGUUCCAGUACCAAAUAUACAACAGCGAAAUCGAACCCGAGCAUGAGGCAGACUACUAUUGCGGCUGUCCCAUCCACAUAUAUCAGAGGAUGAAAUGGAGUCGCUACGGAGUGCAGGACAUGUGGUCGAAGGCAGUCAUGUAUCCUGGCGAGAAGGCUUACAACGACAACCCUCAGAGCCUGACUGGACUGAGCAGGAACCCUUAUCGAAUCCGCGUCGUGUCGCCAUAUGGCUACGCCAACUCUACCUGGGGAAUGCAGAGACCUCGGCCAAAGUACCAUGCCAUGUCCAUCCACCAGACGAUUGACCUCAACAAUCGCCUGAAUUCUGAAGCUCAAGCCAGGAUUAAUGCACUGGAGCCAGCGGUCGACAUCUGGAACGAUGCUGCCCUAGAAGCCGCAAUGUCUCAGUUGAGUGUCAUGGCUGCCAAUGACAAAAAACGAUCCAACAAGGCGGACGACGAGAAAGAUUCAGGUGAACUACCACAAAAAGAGGGCUCUUCCUCUACAGAUGGGGCCGCGGCAAGGCCAGCCAAGGCCUCGAGGCUCUCGAGUUUCCGACAAGCCAUCGGCAUCAAAUCUUCGAAGGAGAGGGCCACGGCAAAGGUGGAGCAGAUGGUGGAUCAAGGCCGUAGUCUGCGCGACACGAUUCUGGCAGAGGAGGAAGGUAGGUGGCCUGAUGAGCAGUGGCGGCAUAUCGUGGCCGUAUACCAAGAAAAGGUGGGCAUGACUGGAAAGAUCGCUUAUCUUCGAGCUCGCCAGCCCAUUCAAUAUCUUCAUCUGCUCAGGGCUGGGUACUUUGAGCCUAUUCCGGUGGCCUGGGCGAAUCAAGCUUCCAAUCCGCUCAAGUUCAGUAUCGAGGCAGCGGCAGGAUGGAGAGGACUUACCCCUUCAUGGCGAGGAUACGAAGAUACGGCCGAGGAACGACUCUACUGGGUCUUGAACCACAGAGAAGGCAGUGUCGGAGCCAGAAUGAAGCCAGACUUCAUCUCCGAAAUGAACAUGGCACGAGCCAGAAUGGCCACUGCCGUCGAACCUCCACCCGAGUACUACUCGGCCACCGACACCUGUCAUGUUCAACAUACCUCUGCAGGCUACUCCAAGCAAGUCAUGCCGAAACCCUUUGUCGCCUAUGAUCGACCUGAAGUGCCCACAGAUGACACAAUGAUCCUCUUGGACGUCUCAGGAUCAAUGGGUUUCGAUCCGGUUCGACCAAGAUACGACCAGUAUCUUAUCACUGGCUACACCAAAUCCACCCAGCCAAAGAACAAAGAUGUUGCCAAAGCCAUCAUCCGACGCUUCACCGACGCCAUGGCGAACCACGAUCACCAGUUCCGUGGCUACGAUCUGACCACCUUCUCCGACUCUGCCGAAUACAUUGGCACCAUCAACCACCAGAACCUCGAUAGGAUGUGGCGCAAGGUCAGAAUCGGAGGCGGCACGCGCGUCAUGACAGGCUGGCAAAAGGUCAAGGAGCUGCACUUCCAGAAGCACUCCGAGUCUGCCACGCACCACCCAGUGUAUGGAUGGCAGGCUGGACCAGAGACGCCCAUGCUCCGCCUGCUUCUGCUGCUCGACGGUGAAGCCACGGAUAUGGACGAGUUCGAGCUGGAUCUGCUGGGUCUUUCGUGGGCCCACGUCACCAUCUUCCUCAUCGGCGUGGACGGAUGCCCGCAUCACCAUCGCCACGCCAAUGAAUUGCAACGUAUCAGCGAUGUGAAUCACCACGUGUCAUUUGUCGAUGCACAGGGCAAUACACCAGAGCGAUUUGUGACCCAUGAGCUGCUCAAGAGGCAUUUGGGCUAUGAGAUUUCCAUGACUGAGUUUGAGCAGAUGGAGGAGUUACCACAGUACACAGCAUGA